AUGACGAUGAUUUAUCCACCGGUGGAUGAAACCGUCGCAUGUUAUCUGAAGAUGAUGAUCGAUAACAACGGAACCGAUUGGCCUAGCCACUUCCUCCGAAGCGAAGACGUCUACUGCGUGAAUCCACUGACGCAUUUCAAGACUCGAGAGCCUUUGAUCUUACACGACGGACGGUCCUUGUUCGUUAACCGGACGGACGGUUCUGGUAAAACCGAUGGAUGUGAAUUUGGUUGCUGGAGAGUCAUGGGUCGUGAUAAGCUAAUCAAGUCGGAGAAGAACAAGAAGAUUCUAGGGUUCAAGAAGGUUUUCAAGUUCUGCGAGAAGGAGGAACCAAGAUCGGUUUUUGGGUUUUGGGAAAAGGAGAAGAGACGAGUGAGAGAUAAGAGGGUUUGGGUGAUGGAAGAGUAUAGGCUUGCGAGUAAGUGGAAACAAGAUUACGUGAUCUGCAAGAUUCGGUUUCUCAAUCCAAAUCCAUUGGAGUUCUUGUUAGCCAACCAUAUCCGAGGUUACUAUAUAUGA